AUGGCGGAACCCGAUGCCGUGGUGCCUGUGAUUGUGACCCUGAAAAAGAAAAAUUCCAAGAGGGCGGUCCCAGAGAUCCAAGGAUUGUGGGAGGCCUGGGAGGAGGACCCGGUUGUUCGGAAAGGUGCUCGCAAGCGAAAGAGCCUGUUGUUCUGGCCCAAUCCAUCAAAGACCGGCCUCAUUAACAAGGCAAGCCUCAAGUGCAAUUGGAGGGUGGUCUUAGCUGUGGUGCGACUCUAUUGCCCUCGAGUUCCCUCGGAUGCUCCGACUAAGACCGUUCCCGUUGCUGCAUUGAAGGACCAGGUGGCAAAGUUCUUCGACGACAUCAGUAUCACCCCUCGGAGGGGAUUGGUUCAUUGCGAGGCCCACAGCCUCAAGAUGUUUCUGAGCUACAUGAACCGACGAAACGAUGGCUCUCGCAAGAAGGAUGCCACUCUCGCUGCUUUGUACCAGGAGCUGGAGAAGCAUUGGGCGCCGAAGGUUCGCUCACGCCGGACCUUGGCUUCGGGUGAUGAAGAAGAUGAUGAUGAUGAGCAGGAGGAACAGGAAGAGCAGGAGGAAGAGGAAGGUGAGGACGAGACAACCUUAACGGAGCCGGAGGACGAUGAUGAUCGUUUCCAACUGGUUGACCCCUACUUAGCCGAAGCAAUGGGUUUGGAGGCCGGGUCACCUCCGCCGCCUUCGGCCUAUGUGGGCACGGUUGCAUAUGAGCCGAGCGAGGAAGCAGGAAUCCCGAUCCCCUACGAAGCCAAAUCCCUGACAAUGUGUUCGGCUGCUAAUGAUGUUGAUCUUGUGCGACAACUUGCUGAGAUCGAGCAGCGAAUUGCCCAUCGACGGGCAGCUUUGAGUGGCCAGCAGGCUGCCCAGAAGUGGGGUGGUUCGGAGCACAUUGACAGUCAGAAGACGAGCCUUUGGGAUCUUUUCGGUGAAGAUGCUAUGCCGCCCCCGGAGCCCGAUGCAACACCCAACGAGCCAGACACCACGACUCUUGCAAGACAGGAUGGUGCUAGCGACCUGUCCCUCUUUGAGAAUGACUUGGCAGCAGGAGCUACGAAACAAUCGACAGUGGCUCCAAAUCCAGUUGCUACACCUGCCCGGGCUAAAAUUGCUUCGCAGGCCCCAGCAGUUGAGGCCCAAGCAGAGGCUUCGCAGGCUUUAACAAUGGAGGAUGUCGAGGACCCAGCAAUCACCCCAAAGCCGCUGCCCGAUGCACUGGAGGUUUCUUCUGUCAAAGACGGCGAAGCUGACAGUCCUGAGCUUCUAGCAUGCGAGGAUAAGAAGAUUUCAGUGGGAUUCCUAACGUAUGACGAGAUACCAGAAUAUCGGGAGAAGGCAAAGCAGUGCGAGGCCGAGGACGAAGACGACGAUGACGACGACGUGCCGAUCAAAAAAAAACCGGCCAUGGCCAAGGGCAAGCCUGGAAGGCCGAAGGGAUCCGGGAACAAGUCGACGAAGACCGACAAGGACACGGCGAAGAAGACGGGCAAGAAGAACCAGGAGAAGGAGAACGACGAAGCCAAGACGCUGCCGAAGAAGAAGGGCAAAAAGAAGGACCCCGAAUCGGAGGACGAGAACGACGAAGACAAGACGCCGCCGCCGCAGAAGAAGGGCAAGAAGAAGGACCCCGAGGACAAGGAGAACGACGAAGACAAGACGCCGCCGCAGAAGAAGGGCAAGAAGAAGGACCCCGAGCCGAAGAAGGAGAACGACGAAGACAAGACGCCGCCGAAGAAGAAUGGCAACAAGAAGAAGGACCCCGAGCCGGAGGACGAGAACGACGAAGACAAGACGCCGCCGAAGAAGAAGGGCAAGAAGAAGGACCCCGAGGACAAGGAGAACGACGAAGACACGGCCCCGCCCAAAAAGAAGGACAAGAAGAAGGACCGCGACGACAAGGAGAACGACGAAGACACGGCCCCGCCCAAGAAGAAGGACAAGAAGAAGGACCGCCAGGACAAGGAGAACGACGAAGACACGGCCCCGCCCAAGAAGGACAAGAAGAAGGACCGCCAGGACAAGGAGAACGACGAAGACAAGACGCCGCCGAAGAAGAAUGGCAACAAGAAGAAGGACCACGAGGACAAGGAGAACGACGAAGACACGGCUGCCACGAAGAAGAGCAAGAAGAAGAAAGUUGACGACGAAGACACGACUCCGCCGAAGAAGAAGAGCAAGAAGCCAGACGCCGAGGAGAAGGAGAACGACGAAGACACGGCUGCCACGCAGAAGAAGGGCACGUUUGCUUCGAGAAAUCCGGGAAAGGGUGCAAGAACAGUGGCCAUUUGGACGGCUAUCCGGGAUGCAUUCGAUUGUGUUCUUCGGGACAAGUUUCGCUACACCACGAAGAUGGAGGGCCUUUUCUGGGCCGAUUGCCGGCCCGUGCUGCUCGAAGUGAAGGACGAUACUGAGCUGUUCCAGGCGGCUAAGAAGUUUGCUGCCAAGUGGUUGAAGAUGGACAAAGUUCAGGGUGCCCCGAUGGUACAAGCAACCUUUGCCAAAUCUACGCUACACCCUGCCAGGAUGCAGGCCCUUGGCAUCGCGGGCAAGCAGGAGAAGCCUCUUCGUGCGACCUCCUGGCAUUCCUCCCAAACGGGAUCCCAACAGGACCUGAUGCCAGAGUCCCAGUCAGAGCUGGAAGUGCCUGCUACGCAAAAGGAAGCUGACACGCAGCUGCCUGCUUCGCCUGUCCCUGCCUUGUCAGAAAGCCUUGGUAAAGGGACACCCCAGAGCGAGAGGUCCGAGCCCACGCCGGGGGAGGGGACGAACUCCAACCCCGCACCCAGCCAACCCACGCCUGAAAAGAAGAAUACGAGUUCCGAGCCCGGAGCCAGCCAACCCGAAGCCGUAGAGCAAGCCGCCCUAGGAUCCCAAAGCAAGUCAGAAGCACCCGCCGUGGAGACCAGCCAGCCCGAGAAGCCAGACACGUCAGAAGCACCCGCCGUGGCCAAGACCAGCCAGCCCGAGAAGCCAGACACGUCGAAAGCACCCCCCGUGGCCAAGACCAGCCAGCCCGAGAAGCCAGACACGUCGAAAGCACCCCCCGUGGCCAAGACGAGCCAGCCGGAGAAGCCAGGCACGAACACCCGGCCCACAAACAAGGACACCAAAGAUCCGAAAGCAACCAAGAACGAACCAGAGGAGGAUGAGUACGUGGCCCCGGUGGAAGAUCACCCACCCCCUCCUCCCAUCAGCAAGGCCACUUUGAUGAAGAGGCUGGCACGCAUAUGUGCACCCAAAGCGGAUGGGACCUACAAAGUCCCGCUCGAGAUCAUCCAGACCCACAAGAAUCUGGAAUCCCGGGAUGAUGUGUACCGUGCCUUCGAGAAAUGUGGUGGCGACCCCGCUUCGCCGUCACGCUUGCAAACGGUGAUUUUCACGAAGAAAGUCAACCAGCGAUACGAAGAGAUCAAUGAGAAAUCUGUGGAAACGGAAUUCGAAUUCCUCACAGAGGCGGAGAUGGAAGAGAAAGGAUGGAGCGAGAAAUCCGAGUACUGUGACGAGUGGAUGUACUGGGUUGCUGUGCGAGUGAGAGGAUCCAACAAGAAGACGAAGCGGCACACCGUGACCGAGCUCCUGGAGGGUGCCGACCAGGAGCCCAUGCAGGAUCCUGAUGAAGCAAUGGAGAACUUCCCUUUCGAGCUUGAGGGAGACGGAGAUAAGAAGCAAGGGGAAGGUGAUGACGAGGAGGAGAGUGACUCCAGUGAUGAUGGGGAAGAGGCUGCCCGGAUCCUCAAAAGGAUCGCCUAUCCGGAGAUUCCCAAGAAACCGCAAGAUGCCAGUAUGCUGGUGACCGGCUGCCUCCAGAAGAGGGCGAACAAACUCCAGCUUCUCCUGGCGAAGAUGGAGUCGGAUGCAAGCAUCUCCCUCACCACGACCCAACUCAAGAUCCUCAUCUAA